GGAGACCAGAUAUAGUGACUGCAGGGUCCGGGGAGAGCGGAUAUAGUGAAUGCAGGGCCCAGGGAGACCGGAUACAGUGAAUGCAGGGUCCUGGGAGAGCGGAUAUAGUGAAUGCAGGGUUCGGGGAGACCGGAUAUAGUGAAUGCAGGGUCCGGGGAGAGCGGAUAUAGUGAAUGCAGGGUCCGGGGAGACCAGAUAUAGUGAAUGCAGGGUCCGGGGAGACCAGAUAUAGUGAAUGCAGGGUCCAGGGAGACCAGAUAUGUGAAUGCAGGGUCCGGGGAGACCGGAUAUAGUGAAUGCAGGGUCCGGGGGAGACCAGAUAUAGUGAAUGCAGGGUCCGGGGAGACCAGAUAUAGUGAAUGCAGGGUCCGGGGAGACCAGAUAUAGUGAAUGCAGGGUCCGGGGAGACCAGAUAUAGUGAAUGCAGGGUCCGGGGAGACCAGAUAUAGUGAAUGCA